CCGGUUUUGCCGGCAAUUACAAGACGAAAGGUUUUUAACCUCAACUAAAUUUUCAAGAAUUUAAUUCUAACAAAUUUAGAAUAUUUUCAUAGAGUUGAAUGUAGAAACAUUAAUGAUUUUUGCAAUCGCCGAUUACCUUUGCCUUGAAUUUCUGUUUAUUUAUCGCAACAUUCUUUUGAAAACCUGUUUUUUGUAAUCCCCUGUCUUUUUUGGUUCCUGGUGUACAACACGUCGCCUGUAACCAUUUUCACUCCAUUCCUUUUCCAAAAUGGAAAAUUUAAGUCUUCGCAAAAAGACUUUAAUCUUCAAUGUCCUGGAAUUCUUAUCAGGUGAGGUCGGGGCUUCCGACCUCUCUGAGGAACGAAAGGAAUCAAUUGAGGUGGCAAUUCAAUGUCUAGAAACCGCUUAUGAGAUUUCAAGCGACGAUCGUCAAAAUUUAAAGAAAGUAGACCUCCUGGCUCAAAUACGACUAAAUGACGCGGGUGUCCAACAAGAACAGGCCCUAGAAGCAGAACGCCAUAAAAAUUUGGGUAACACAGCGAUGAAAAAUGGCGAAUAUGAAGAGGCUGUGCGUUAUUACUCAAUGGCUAUUGAAGCAAACCCUACAAAUCCCGUGUAUUUUUGCAACAGGGCUGCCGCCUAUAGUCGCUUAGAAAACAAUGAAGAAGCUAUCAAAGAUUGCAAACAAGCUUUGAUUCUAGAUCCGACUUACGGCAAAGCCUACGGUAGAUUAGGUAUCGCGUAUUCGAAUUUAAAUCAGUGGGCUGAUGCGGUGCGUGCCUAUGAAUCCUCUCUCAAAUAUGACCCACACAACGCCAGUUACCAAACCAACCUAACGUUAGCAAGAGAGCGACUAUUUGAGUCGAUGGUUUCAGAAAAUGCAGCACCUCCACAACAUCGCCCACUUGAUAUAACACAAUUUAUUAACAACGAGCAAUUUUUGACCAUGGCGAGGGAAAUGAUGGCGAAUCCGGACUUUCAAAAUAUUAUGUCUGGUAUAAUGGCAAUGAGUCAGUCCGGAGAUACCAACUUUGAGGCUCUUUUUCAAGCUGGGCAGAACUUAGCCAGCAGGAUGCAAGACCAAGAUCCCCGAUUUGUUGAAAAUUUGAGAAGACACUUCGAUCCUAACAACGCUCCAGCUCCAGGGCCAGACCCCCAGAAACGCAAUGAUGAGGGUUCCAGUAAAGACGGUCAAUAGUUUAAAGAGCAAUUAUUUCAAAAUCACUUGACUUUUCCUUCCACAAUCACGAUUAUAUGCCAAUGUAUUUCAAAAUUGAUGACAAAUUUUGUAUCAAACCCUUGAAUUAAUUAUACAUAUAAUCCGAAAUAUUUCGGCUAGUGAAAAAAUAUUUUCUUGUUAUUUAUUUGGUUCAGUUUUUGUAGGAAGGGAUAACAUUAGUCAGUCAUUUGUAUUUCAAUAUCUUUGACAAUGUCAUCAAAAUUAAUAAGAAGUCUUACUGAGUAGGGAAUAUUGUUGAUUGAAACAAAGACUGUCACCUUUGUUUUAUGGGGUUAUUUUUUGUUAAUUGUUGACACCGUUAGUUUAAUUUGCUGUAUAAACCUUUCGUUCUAGUGUGGUGAUUUUAAAUAUUUUUAUUGGUCUUAUGGGUAUAAAUGUUCAUAAAUGUAUAAUUUGUUCUUUCGUUAUUUAUUGUAAAGUUCACUUUUAAACAUUUUUUGUUAAUAUCAAUUAUUUAAUAGACCAAUUUAAAUUAAAUUGUUUUUCGUAUCAUUAUCUAUUAAGA